GUUGCCCCGGCAACAAGCGGCGAAACCGCCGGAGUUGGUGCUGAGCGGCCCCGGAAGCGUGGCCGCGGGACCUGUCGGGCUUGGUUGGGGCAUGCGGGAGCUCGGCGGGGGCAGUCUUCGGGAACUCCGGGGCGCGGAGAAACAUGGCACUCCCCACGCUGCCCUCCCAAUGGUGCAGCCGGAGGCUCCUGGACCAGCAGAUGGCCCGACAGCGACACCGAGAGCAGGAGGCCCGGCUUCGGCAGCAGUGGGACCAGAACAGCCGCUACUUCAAGAUGUCUGAUAUCUGUAGCUCCAAACAGGCGGAGUGGAGCUCCAAGACGUCCUACCAGCGAAGCAUGCAUGCCUAUCAGCGUGAGAAGCUGAAGGAGGAGAAGUGGAAGCAGCUGGAAGCCAGGCGGGAGAGACUGAGGCAGCUGCUGCUGGAGGAGCAGGCCCUGCUGGCCAGACAACUGGAGGAGCUAAGGCUAAGCAUGGACACGAGGGAAGGCAGACUCCGAGAGCGGCAUGGAGAUCUCAAGUCAGCCCGAGAAGAGCAAAGGAAACUGAUUGCCGAACAGCUUCUGUAUGAACACUGGAAGAAGAACAACCCCAAACUUCGAGAGAUUGAAUCAGCCCUUCACAAGGAGCACGUGAUAAACUCUUGGAAAAUGCAGAAAGAAGAAAAAAAACAGCAAGAAGCCACCCAAGAGGAAGAGAACAAACGGUAUGAAAAUGAAUAUGAAAGGGCCCGAAGGGAAGCACUGGAGCGGAUGAAAGCAGAAGAGGAGAAGAGGCGGUUGGAGGGCAAACUCCAGGCUGAGGCGCUGCUCCAGCAGGUGGAGGAGCUGAAGCUGAAGGAGUUGGAGGCCACCAAACUGAAGAAGGAGCAGGAGAAUCUGCUGAAGCAGCGGUGGGAGCUGGAGAGGCUGGAGGAAGAGAGGAAGCAGAUGGCAGCCUUCCGGCAGAAGGCGGAGCUGGGACGUUUUUUGAGACAUCAGUAUAACGUGCAACUCAAUAGGCGUGCACAGCAGAUCCAAGAGGAACUGGAGGCGGACGAGCGCAUCCUGCAAGCGCUCCUGGAGAAGGAGGAUGAGAACCAGCGCGAGCGCCUGGCCAGGAGGGAGCAGGCCGUGGCCGAUGCGGCGUGGAUGAAGCAGGCCAUCGAGGAGCAGCUGCAGCUGGAGAGGGAGCGGGAGGCAGAGCUGCAGCUGCUGUUGAGGGAAGAGGCCAAGGAAAUGUGGGAAAAGAGAGAGGCGGAGUGGGCCCGGGAGAGGACCGCACGAGACAGACUGAUGAGCGAGGUUCUGACCGGGAGACAACAACAAAUACAAGCAAAGCUUGAACAAAACCGACGGGCACAAGAGGAAUCCCUGAGACACCGGGAGCAACUUAUUCGAAAUCUUGAGGAGGUCAGAGAGUCAGCUCGUCGUGAGAAAGAGGAGAGCAAAGAACUGAAAUCGGCCAGGAAACAGGAGCUGGAGGCCCAGGUUGCAGAGCGCCAGCUGCGGGCAUGGGAAGAGGACCAGCAGGAGGAAGAGGAGGAAGAGGAGGCCAGGCAGGCAGAGCAGUUCACUGACGCCUUACUGCAGCAGGAGGUGAAGACGAUGGCCAAGCAGGGCUCCUGGCCCAAGCCCUACGGACAUCCCAGAAUUGCUUGGAACUGACUUUGUUGGUGUUGGAAGCACAGAGUGAGGUCCCUGAGGCCUUUGAUAUGCAGGCACCAGACAGCUGUACGGUGUUCGGUUCGAGUGUUCGGGUCGCUGUGUAACGGUUCACUGAGCCUGUUGGGGUCCACAGUCAAACAGAGCAAGGGCCUCACCAGCCAGCAUUCUAUAGACAUGCAGCACCCAGCAGGAGGCCUUUUCCUGCCUUUCAUAUCCAAGAAAGGGGCUCUUACAGUCACAUGCUGAGAGUGCUGCCACACAGUCCCAUGAGAGACCGAUAAUUGUCAACCUCCAGUAAAGACUCCAGCUGGAGAAAUGAGGAAAGUUUCUCAGUUUUUAAACUUGCCACUUAAAUUUCACUAUUCUGUCGAUAACAGACUCCUAAGUGUCAGUUCAGUUUCUUUCACAGUUUAUUAAUUUAGUGGCCCCAAAAGGAUCAUGUCUUAUUUUCUGGAAGAAGAAAAGCUGUGAACUCUGAGACAGUCUGAUGUGCUCCACGGAUGCUUUCCGGAAGGGUGUCGAGAAAUAGGUCUUUCCUCCUUUAGGAAACGUGGUGGAAUUUCCAUGGAGCACUCUGUGUGGUGAUCCCAACAUGUAUGUUAGUUACUAAGCCCCAAAAGGGGGCCUCAAAAGGCCACCUGGUUGGCUAACGUUUUGGCACGACACUUUGGACCUCUUGUGUCUUGGAGGAAGGUCUCAGCGACAGGCAGCCUUGUAGGAUUUAUGUGCCCAGAGGAAGGGGCACGGGGCCUGAAGACUAGAUCACACUCAACCAGAUCGGCCAGAACUUUCUCCUCCCACUGUUCUAACAAUGUGACACAGUUCUAGAUUAAUCUCUACAAAUAGCUACAAGUUCCUUGCAGCAAUAACCCUAUUUUUAUUUGUAUUUUUUUUUCAUAUUCUCCCUCUGAGGUUUCAGUUUUCAUUAUACUGUAUUUAAGGUUCCACAUUUCAGUAAAUUAUAGCUAAUUAUAGAUAGGGCUGUGUGCCAGGUUGUUAAAAACCAGAGUUUAUUUUUUAAAAAUCCUGAGUGUAAAGGCUGCAUUGCCUUUCACAUCCAUUGUGCUAUAAAAACAAACGGAGCAGCAAACUGCAUCCUUAAUCUGUUUUUCGUUUUCUUGUCUUGAAUUUCUUUGGAUAGGACCCCCUGAGCACCACUUUCGUUAUGCUUGCUCAUAUUUGCUUCCUCCAUUUCAGAUGUUCGUUUAUCGUGAAAUAAAGUUUUGGUCUGACA